AUGUAUAAAUCUAAUAUAAAUACAUUAAACACUCUGCUCCCAUCACAUAGUUCCAUUCUGACUACCACCCCACGAGGACCUAAACAUGAGAGUUCCAAGACCAGUCCUCAUCACCGCCGUCAGUUCGCUGGCUACCAGUUCCGUCCGAAGAACUUCGUUCCACCUUCAGACCACCAGAUAGCCAGGCUCUUGAACUACUACCGAGGGAUUGUGCACAAAUUCGGUAGAUACCCACAAAAGUCCGCGAGCACACCUAUGGGCGCAAAGUUUGAUCGAUUUGGCGGUAAAAAACGAACGACUAGAUUCGGGAGAAAUACUAAAGCUGGUGGUUUGAGACAAGAUUUGGACAAUAUUAUAUCACCCCAGCAGGGAUUACCCCAGGAGGUACCCAAGGAACUAGUUCCCCAGGAGGUUCCGGUUAACGCUCCGGUUAACGCUCCGGUUGACGCUUCAGCGGAUAGUACGGAGGAGCUCCCUAGAGAGACUAAGGAACCCCAAGCGCGAGGGGAUUUGCUGACCCAAGGGACCACUAUGAAUGAAGCGCAAGGCCAAGCCACUAGGUUCACCGUCAAAAGAACACAAAGGCGCCGACGAAUCCGCACCACCCCGCCGCACGUGAGCUUUGACGAGAAGUGUGACUACCUAGCGUAUUAUUGCUUGAGAACUUACGACACUGGGGUAUUGUGUGGCAGAACAUUAUACUAUGUGGAAUUAAACUUUACGAACUAUUGUAUGCUUGACUACGUCAACUGCAUGGAGAGAUAUGACGUAUGGCAAAUACUUCACAUGGGAGAGUGUUUCGAAUUGAAAGUAUUAGACGAAUAUCUACAUUACCCGUACUUAGAUGAUUACUUUUUGGAUCAUUAUUACGUUAUAGAAGACAUGUAAAUAAAUG